AUGGCAAACGCGAGUCGCUCAAACGUCGGUGGCUGGCUGCGCGGCACUACCAUCCGCAAGGGCACCGCCGCCUCGACCCCCCAAACCCGCUCCGUCACUCCGCAGGUACAGAGCACGUCCUCGACGGUGUUCGGCGGAGGCGUCAAGGACCCCUCAGGCAGGACCUCAGAGUUCUUUGUGACUACACAUCUUUCCAGAUUUGCCCUCGUCGCAAUAGCUCACUCACGCCCACAGUCCUCGGAUGACCAAUGCCCCGUAUGCAAGUCUGACCGUUAUCUCAACGCGAAGCUGCGCCUCCUCGUAGGAGCUUGCUAUCAUAAAAUGUGCGAGUCCUGCAUCGAUCGCCUGUACACCCUCGGUCCGGGUCCAUGUCCAUUCUGCGCAAAGAUCUUGCGGAAAAUCACUUUUGUCCCUCAAACUUUCGAGGACCUCACGGUCGAGAAAGAGGUCGCCGUGAGGAGGCAGAUAGCCAAAGAGUUCAACAAACGCAGGGAAGACUUCCCCGACCUCCGUUCUUACAACGACUACUUAGAAGAGGUGGAGGAUAUUACCUUCAACCUCAUUAAUGACAUCGACGUCCGCGAGACCGAACAGCGCAUCAUGAGAUUCCGCAAAGAAAACGCUGCUGUCAUCGAGCGCAAUCUCCAUCGCGAAGAGGCCUAUGCGCAGGCCCUUCGCGAACAAGAAGAUGCCGAGCGGCGCGAGCGCCAGCUCCGCGCGGACGAGGCGCGCCAGGCUGACGAGGCAGAGCGCCAAGCGCGCGAAACAGAGCGGCGCGCGCUCAUCGACUCGCUCGAGAACAGCGACGCUGACGCCGCGCGGCUCGUCGCUCGCUCCCGAGCGGACGCGCUCAAACGUGCCCAGGCUCGCACCGCCGCGGCGGCGCAAGCGGUGCAGCAGAGUGCCGCGCUCCUCCUACGCACGCGCGCAGCGCAGAGCGCGGCGGUACCUGAUGUCCCGCACGUCCCGCUGCAGGACGACUGGGACGCGUACGAGGACAAGUACGUGAUGCGCGACAACUACUUCGAUCCGUUCAGUGAUGCGGUGCGGAGGGAUCGGGAAGGCAUCAUGCGGGCGGGCGGUUACAGGGUGGAGGAGGCUUGGGAGCGCGCGCUGAGAUGUGCGGUGGCGGGAUUAGAUGUAGUGCCAUUGGGCGAGCCGAGUGGGGACGCGGUGAUGACUUCAUGUUAAUUAGAUUGUAUUUUCUGCUACUACUGCAAUUGUAUUUUUAGUCCACGA